AUGGCGUCGCAGCAGGCGGAGCUGCAGGACCCCGAGAUCCGGGCAGCGCUGGACCGCCGCGUCCGCGAGGAAGGCGAGACCGUCGUCAAGGGCGGCACCGGCUGGACCAGCCUCGAGGCCCAGGAGCGCCUCGCCGAAGGACGUAAGAAGGGAGGGCGGAGCCGCACGGCGGAGUCCGACAAGGAGCGCGCCGAGAAGGAGGGCGGCGUGCUCAUCGAGCCCGACGAGAAGCAGCUCCAGGAGGCCAUGAAGGACAUCAGCCGCAACUGA